AUGGCGCCCUCAAUCGCAACCCUUGAACAUGAGUCUUCUAUUAUACCCAUCAACGGAUUCGUCGAUAUUCCACUUACCCUGUGCGAAUCUCAUAUUCUCGAGGCUGCGAACUCCCAAUACUUGGAAUACUUGGAUCUAGAACUGGCCCAGAGUCUUGAUUUCGAGUCCGUUCUCAUUGUUUGUUGGCUACUGGUCAUACAUGGUUUCUCUCCUGUGAGAACCAUGUACUUGGAAUUCCACCCUGGGUCAAAUCUGUGCUACAUAGAUGGCAAAUCCCAAGGGACCGAUUCGCACGCUCUGGAAUUUUCCUCGGAGCGUCCACUGAAGGAUCUUGUUCGGGAUUUCUGUCGUAUCAAGGCAGGCAUUAGCUCGACUGACCCUGACGAAGGGUGGACUUCCGAUGAGAGGAAUCACCUUACUUCGGCUGUGCGCUAUGCUGGUGACUGUCCAAAUUUGAGAAGGGCACCUCUGUCUGCCAAUUCGAAUAUCCCUAAUCCAAAGUUGAUGCUCAAUGUGACGAAUGACAAUGACAAGCUACACGCGAGUCUUGCUUUCUCGUCACCUGAGAUGUCCAAAGCAUUCGCAACAAGCCUUCUUCACUCCUUGAACAAGGUCAUCGCAUCCAUAUACCGUUCCCCCGAAACAUCCUUGGGCGACCUUGAUCUAUGCUCUGAUCUUGACCUCAUUCUCGUGCAAAAAUUCACCAAGGAUGUUUCGGACUCUCACGAGGUCUUGUUACACGACAUGGCGAUGGAACAUGCGCGACUCACCCCAAACGCUCCCGCAAUCUGUUCGUGGGAUGGAAACUUCACUUAUAGAGAAUUGGAUGAUCUCACAACUCGUCUUGCUCUUUACUUGAUCGAUAUUGGUGUUGGUCCCGAAACUUUCGUGCUCAGUUGUUUUGAAAAGUCCUCUUUUGCGAUUAUUGCUCGUCUGGCUAUCUUGAAAGCCGGCGGGGCGUAUAUAUCUAUCGACGCAAGCGACCCUCCCAUCUUCCUCGACUCAGUCGUGAGUCGCGUCAACGCUAAAAUUAUGCUCACAUCACCUGAGUAUGCAUCGAAAUAUGCUUCCCUUGUUUCGAAUGUCAUUUCGAUUACAGGAGAUAUGCUAAAAGACCUUCCCACGGGGCCGCUAUCUUCCACUGUCAAACCGGGAAAUGCCUGUCUGAUUCUAUUCACCUCCGGGAGUACAGGUCAGCCCAAGGGAAUCAUCCAGGAACAUCGGUCUUACGCCACCGCAGUCCGCGAUUACAACAAGGUCCUCGGUCUAGGCCGACACAGUCGCGUAUUCCAGUUCGACGAUUAUGCAUUUGACAUCAGUAACAAUGAUUACCUCACAGCGUUGGCUGCCGGUGGCUGUUGUUGUGUUCCCACACCCGAAAAAACCAUCUCUGGUCUGAUUGAAAAUAUCAACCUCACAAACGCCAAUAUGAGCUUCAUGACUCCAACAAUUGCCAUCCAACUCAGUUCCAAAGAUGUCCCAUCGCUACAGCUGCUAUGUAUCGGCGGCGAGCCCAUGUCAAAUGAUCUACUCAUGAAAUGGGGUCCUCAUGUGAAACUUGUAAAUCAAUACGGAAUGGGUGAGGCCGCUACAUUCUGCGCGUACAACGAUAACCCGAAACCAGGCCAUAAUGCCGUUGUCGGGAAAUCCGGUAGUGGUGCAAUUUGGAUUGCGAAUCCCUCCUCGCCCGAGCGACCAGUACCUGUCGGCGCUGUUGGCGAGAUCUUGAUCGAAGGACCCCAUCUCUCCCGUGGGUACUUGGAUGAUCUCUGCCAGAAACCAGAUGUAGGAUUCCUCACCACAGUCCCUCGGUGGAUCGCGGAUCUCCAUCCGUCGCGAGCAACAACCUCGCGCAUCUACCGGUCUGGUGAUCUGGGUCGGUAUCGCCACGAUGGAACGGUGGAGCACAUGGGUCGAAAGGACACACUUCUUAAACUCAACGGUGGUCGUGUUGAGUCGACUGAAGUGGAGUAUAUCCUUCGGAAGACUCUUUCACCGGGCGAUUUUACCGUCGUCGAUAUGCUCGGCGAGAUUGACGGGACCGACGACCCCAUCCUAGUGGCAUUUGUUUAUCUCGGGGACAACCCGGCAAACCUUCUUCCAGGAAUUUCAGAUCAUGAAAUGUCGUUCCUUCCGAUAACGAAUCGUGUCCGGGUGAAUAGUCUGGUCGAGACGAUGCAGAGUGAAGUCUAUAACACACUGCCAAAACACAUGAUGCCGAGCUUGUUUCUCCUUGUCGACCGGAUCCCCCGUACAAGGUCUAACAAGCUUGAUCGCAGAAAGUUGCAUCAAAUCGCUCAAAAGUGGUAUAUGGGGAGCCUGAGUGUGUAA